AUGUCGUUAUCGUUAGACAACAUAGUUCCAAGCUUCAGAUUGGACGGAUCAGUCAGUAUUGUCACUGGUGGUUCCGGAGGGCUGGCUUCUGUGAUCACCAAAGCCCUUUUGGCACAAGGUUCCGAAAUUGCUGUCGUUGAUCUCAACUUGGAACGUACAAAGGAGGCAGCCGAGCUCCUGAUCGAGUGGGGAAAGGAAAACCUCGCCAAGGCCAAUGGAGGCUCUGUACCUAGAGUGACUUACUGGGCCUGUAACGUUGCCGACGCUGCCAAUGUCGAGGAGGUAUUCACCAAUGUCAACAAGGAACAUGGUAAGUUGGCUGAAUACUUAGUACAUUGCGCCGGAUACUGCGAGAAUUUUCCGGCUCAUGAGUACCCUGCCCGAAAUGCAGAAAGCUUGGUACAGGUCAAUUUGCUGGGGUCACUAUAUGUUUCCCAGUCAUUUGCCCGUCCUUUAAUUAAAUCCGGCCACAGAAACGGAUCCAUCGUGCUAGUUGGAUCCAUGUCCGGGACUAUUGUUAACGACCCACAACCUCAAGUCGCAUACAAUAUGUCUAAGGCUGGUGUCAUUCACCUGGCAAGAUCACUUGCUUGCGAAUGGGCUCCUUACAACAUCAGAGUUAACACACUGUCUCCAGGAUACAUCCUGACACCUUUGACCAGAAACGUCAUUUCAGGUCAUACUGAAAUGAAGGAUUCUUGGGAAUCAAAAGUACCUAUGAAGAGGCUAGCUGAACCUAACGAAUUCGUGGGCUCAGUUCUCUACCUCCUUUCGAAGACUGGCUCUUCUUACACCACAGGACAUAACCUGGUGGUCGAUGGUGGUUACGAAUGCUGGUAA